AUGAGCCUCAACGACGGGUUGGGAGUGAAGCUAGACUUCGUAGGGCACAGCCGUGGCAUCUCCUUCAACAGAGACAAGGGGUGCCUCACGCUUGUGCACCUGGAACAGAAUGAGUCCCCUCCUCCUAUUCAUGCUGCUACCAGGGGUCUUGGCGGGCAGGAUGUACAGGUUCUUGAUUGGGAGGUCACCACGUGGAGCAACAGCAAGAUGAGACUCCCUGGAGGAUUGGCACAAGGAACACAGUGUCCAAGCUUCCAACAUCACCAUUGA